AGUCAGCUGAGCAACCAAGUAAGUGUUAGCGGGCGGCGGCGGCGGCUCGGACAAAUAGUCCCGAUUUAAUACAAGGAACUUUGAGGAGGAAAGCCAAUAAACAACGGUAAAUAUAUGUUUACGAAAGAACAAGAAGACUCAAACUCUUCUCACUCCUACCGGACUUGCUAGGUUAUUUGUACGUGGGUUUUUGUGUACGUGUGGAAGCCAGAAGUUUCUUUUUUGUCUCCCCUCGCCUCCAAGAAAGUUCCGGGUGCUGAUGCAAGAGGAUCUCCUCCUUGCUUGCCCCAGUUCUUUUUCUUCUUGCACGCCGUUCUUAGUCCGCCCUAAACUUGAUCCGAUCUGCACGGUCAGAAGAGAGUGUGGAAGGAGAGGGGGCGGGGGCGCCCAGCUCGCUCGAGUUCUCCGUCUCCCAGGAGGAAAGGGAGGCGACAGGAUAAAAAGAGGGGCUAUUGGAGCAGAGCUUGGAACCUGGCAGACUCUGCAGCCUUGAAAAUUGGAACAAGUUGGUCUCACACCUGUGGCUUCCACCAAGCCUGUCAGUCCCCCCACCCCCUUAGGCCAUCUCUACUCGCUCUAUACCAAUUGCCUACAUCUGAUGGCAGGAUGCCAGUGAAGCACCAAAGUGAAGAUGGCAGACCUGACAGAAGGUGAUGCUGGGAAUUAUUCCUUUAUUGGGAACUUUUCACAUGUAAUUCAUUAAGGUACUGAGAAACAGUAGAUGUAAUUUUGAAGAAGCACUGUCGGUAAAAUGGCUUUAGCUGGUUGCCCAGAUUCCUUUUUGCAUCAUCCUUAUCGGAUAGACCCUGUUGAUCAGACUUCGGCACAUACAGGUCGAGAUCUAGUGGAACCUGGAUACCAAAAACAAUCAAGUCACAUUUCAUUAAAUCACCAAGGAGAUGAUGAUGUGGAUUUGGAAGCUUUAGUUAACAAUAUGAAUUCCUCAUUUGAAAAUCUAUGUUCCACCUUCUGUGUGCAUUCAGAAACUACACCACUUCUUCAGAAUGGCAGCCAGGUUUUAGCUUCAGGAACUAGUUCUCUGCAUCCAGUGUCUCCAAGACAGAAAAUACAGAGGUCUCAACCAGUUCGCAUCAUGGCAGUCAGACGUCUGCAGGAGGAAGAGCAACAAUUCAGAACAUCCUCUUUGCCUGCCAUUCCAAAUCCUUUCCCUGAACUUUGCAGCCCCACAAAUUCACCUGUGUUGGCACCGGGAUCUCUACCUCAGAGUCAACCUAUGAAUAAACAAGAUAUAAAAGUUUUUAGUGAAGAUGGGACUUGCAAGGUAGUUGAGAUCUUAGCAGAUACAACAGCCCGGGACCUCUGCCAGUUGCUCGUUUACAAAAGUCAUUGUGUGGAUGACAACAGCUGGGCCUUAGUGGAGCAUCACCCUCUCAUAGGAUUAGAGAGAUGCCUGGAAGAUCAUGAACUGCUUGCUCAAGUUGAGUCUACAAUGGGAAAUGGAAGUAAAUUUUUAUUCAGGAAGAACUAUGCAAAAUAUGAAUUCUUUAAGAAUCCUGUGAAUUUUUUCCCAGAACAGAUGAUUGCUUGGUGUCAGCAAUCAAAUGGUUGUAUUCCACAAUCACAACUUUUACAGAAAUUUUUAAAUUCAAAUAGUUGUCCAGAAAUUCAGGGGUUUUUACAUGUGAAAGAAUUGGGAAGAAAAUCAUGGAAGAAGCUGUAUGGUUGUCUGAGGAAAUCUGGACUUUAUUGCUCUACAAAAGGGUCUUCAAAGGAACCAAGACACCUGCAAUUGAUAGCAGAUCUUGAAGACAGCAAUAUCUUUUCAUUAAUAGCAUGCAAAAAGAUGUACAGUGCACCGACUGACUAUGGCUUUUGUAUAAAGCCCAACAGAGUAAGGAAUGAAGCUAAAGAAUUAAGAUUGCUGUGUGCUGAGGAUGAACAAAGCAGAACAUGUUGGAUGACUGCCUUUAGACUACUCAAGUAUGGGAUGUUGCUAUACCAAAAUUACAGAAUUCCACAACAGAGGAACAAUCUGCUUCCUCACUUUGCCACUCCUGCGAGAAGUGUUUCUGAAAAUUCAUUAGUAGCAAUGGAUUUUUCUGGACAAAUAGGAAGAGUGAUUGAAAAUCCAGAAGAAGCACAGUGUGCAGCUUUGGAGGAAGGCCAUGCAUGGAGGAAGCGAAGCACAAGAAUGAACAUUUUGGGGAAUCAAAGCCCACUUCAUCCUUCCUUGCUGAGCACAAUUAUUCAUAGGACACAACACUGGUUUCAUGGCAGGAUCUCAAGAGAAGAAUCACAUAGGAUUAUUAAACAGCAGGGUCUUGUGGAUGGAUUAUUUCUUCUUCGGGACAGCCAGAGUAAUCCAAAGGCAUUUGUACUUACAUUGUGUCAUCAUCAAAAAAUUAAACAUUUUCAGAUUUUACCACAUUUUAUUUUUGUUUCAUUUUCAUUUUUCAAGUGUGAAGAUGACGGACAGAUAUUUUUCAGUCUAGAUGAUGGCAGCACCAAAUUCACUGACCUAAUACAACUUGUUGAAUUCUAUCAAUUAAACAAGGGAGUUUUGCCUUGUAAACUCAAACAUCAUUGCAUCCGGGUGGCCUUGUGACCUCUGUACCAGUCCAUGCUGAUAACUGAUUUGUUUCAAGACUGGAGAUGGAAGAAAAGUUUUGUUGAAGAAAGUUGACCUUGGGACAUUAAGCCAACUUGUAAUUGCUUUUGAGGAACAAAAUGUAUCAUCAAAAUUAGGGGACUUGGAAAGGGAUGCUUGAGCUGGUGCCAACAGUCCAAGAUUUGUUUUUUUUAAUCAUCUAAAUCCUAUGCCUGAUUCUGCUGAGUGUCCCAGCAACUGCCCCCCCCCCCCCAAAAAAACCUUGGGGAAAAAUAUGUAAAAACACUAAACAAAACUGGAAAUUGUCCCUUGACUUGCCACAUAAUAGAGUCUAGCUUGUGAAGCAAAAUUAGUGAAAUGAACUCUUGCCCUGGAUAAAUCUUGACAAUUUAAAACUGAGUAUUUUCUUUCUUUUAUUGUUUGCUUUCUUUAUAUUCCUCCUUCCUUCUUUCUCUUUCAAUUUUUUUGCACUCCUUUUGAAAAUUAUAUUAGAUGAUACAGUUUUUAAAUUGAUGCCUGAUUUGGGUGUUCUAAAUCAUAUAUUGAGUAAUUUGUUUCAGCCUUAUUAUAAUCUAAAAACAAAAAAUAGCUUCUCCCUUUUGAAAUUAAGUGCUCCACCAUUUGUGUUGAAGAAGCAACAUGGAGAACAAUUCUGGGAAGGAAAAAAUAACCCACUAGUGUAUGCUUUAUAAUAUAAUGACUGUGUGU